UAGACUAAAGUAUUCAAUCGAUCAAGAUAGCAACUGCUCCGGAAUCGAAUCUUAUCCUUUUUGAAAAUGAAGCUAUUCAUUCUAUUCGUGGCUUUGUUUGCCCUGAGCCAAGCUGCUCCAGCCCCUGAAGCCUUCACCCAUUUAAGUAGACAGAAACGUGACGAACAAGCUCCAGUCAAAUCCUCUAGUGAGAUUGGUAAUGCCUCAGAGGCCCCUCUCCCUGUUGACGCAGACAAGCAUCAACAGGAGGAGAUAAAGAAACCAUCUGAAUCCCGUCACAGGCGGGAAGCCCACCAUGAGGAAGGACACGAUGAUGCCACGUUGGUGUCCAAGACACUUGAAGGACGCGACGAGGAGCCAAAGACACAAGAUUCCCAAGUGAAAACUACCGGACCCACUAGUGCUCCAAAGCCCAAGCGCGAAACCCAUCAUGAGGAAGGACAUGAAGUCAAGCAGGAACCAAAGACACCCGAGGAGAUUCCCGUACUAGCUGCUGUUCCUGCCGUUGCUUCCUCUGUUGCUCCCAGUAAGCAGCAACACAAACGUGCAGCCCAUGAUGACGAAGGACAUGAAGUCAAGCAGGAGCCAAAGACACCCGAGGAGACCCCCGUACUAGCUGCUGUUCCAGCCGUUGCUCCCUCUGUUGCUCCCAGUAAGCAGCAACACAAACGUGCAGCCCAUGAUGACGAAGGACAUGAAGUCAAGCAGGAGCCAAAGACACCCGAGGCGACCCCCGUACUAGCUGCUGUUCCAGCCGUUGCUCCCUCUGUUGCUCCCGUUACCAAACCCAAACGCGAAGCUACCGACCCACCUCCAGUUAAGCCCGCCAGUGUGGUAGCAACCGAACUACUGAGGCAUAAUCCACAUCGUCAAUUAGAAACUCCAACUCCCUUGCCUGAAUUGAGUGAAACCAGUAAGCAGCAACACAAACGUGCAGCGGAUCAUGAGGAAGGCCAUCAUGACGACGAAAAGAAGGCAAAAAAAGGCGAGGAUAAGGGGGAGCAUGUAGAGCAUCGUCAUCGGCGGGAUAUUCCGGUGCCUACUGAGGUCAAGACAACCAUUGCGCCGGCAACAACUAAAGCCGCAGACGAGGGUAGCAGUACUUCUACUUUCCCACUUCGUCAUCGUCCCAAGCCAGUGGCUGAGCUCUUUCACCAACAGGAAAAGUCCGCAACCACAAAAGCCACACCCGUUCACUCAAGUUCCGAGGAAAGCAGCGAGUAGUUUGCCCCUAGACGAACCAACUUUCGGUAACUUACGCAAGCGCUGCUUCACCCUUACUUAUCCUCUAAUUAACGUGAUCACGCUUUCCAAUAUGAACAAAUCCGUUAAGCAACAUCAAUUAAUGAAAUAAAUAUUAUGUAAAUAUAUAAACCAGAAAAGAAA